AUGAAGCAACAGCUCGGCCUGGAAGCGAAAUUGUACUACACAAGGAACACAGACACCGACGCAAUGACACCCAAACCCCGAGGUCCUCGCAUCCUGCAACCCGCCUCCGCAUCCGUAGACGAACAGUCUCGAGGAGGAGUAAAUGCCACAAUGCGAAGCGCUCGGCGUCGUCCACCUGAUGAUCUGAGUCGGUGUUGUAGGAUAGAGUCUAAGAGAUUUGUGGGCAAGGGCAAGGGCAAGGGCAAGGGCAAGGCCAUUGGGCAGAGUUGCUAG